CAAUUACCAUUAUCAUCACCGACACCACCACCACCAUCAUCAACAACAUUGCCAUUUAUCAUAAACAAUAAUAAUCUUCCUACGGUCAAUUCAUCGAUAUCAACACAGCAACAACAACAAUCAUGGUCUCAACAGAUACCUUCAGUGAUGCCAUGGUCAAAUCAGCUCAAUAAUUGUCAACAAUGGAUUAUGAAUGAUAGAUUUUCAUUUGGUAUUAUGACACAGCCAUCAACAAACACGCAACAAUCACCACAGAUACCGCAACAACAACAACAACAACAACAAUUGAAUAUGAUUAACCAACAACAAUCAAUCGAUAUUCAUCAGAAUUUCAGCUUUAAUAAGAAUAAUAAAAGACAUUUUAGCCAUCUAAUGUCUGAUUAUGAAGAUGAAUCCAAUUAUGAUUUUGAUAAUAAUCGACCAAUCAAAAAAUAUAUUGGUGAAGAUAAAGUAUUGGAAAUAUUUGAUCGUAUGCAUAUACGUGAAGGUGAAAAUUAUAUUGUCGAAGAUGCUGAUCAUCAUCAAUUUGAUAUUAAUAAUCAAAAUCAAAAUAGCAAUAAUAAUAAUAAUAAUAAUCAUAGUGUUCAUAUUGAAGAAAUUGAUGCAAAUAAUAACAUUGAAAAUAUAAUAACAAAUGAUGAUGUACAAAUAUUGGAAUUAUCACCAGAAUUACGUGAUGCAUUCGCUAAUCAACAACAACAACAAUCAUCAUCAUCAUCCAUAAUGGAUAAAUUAAUACAAGCGGAAAAGGAUAAAAUGUCUAAAGCAUUAGUUGUUUGGCAAUCGAAUGAUUUAACGAAUUUGAUAGUAUCAAAUCAUAAUCGUCAAGAAAUUGAUAGCAAUGACGAUGACAAUGAUGAUGAUGAUUUAAAACAAAAUGAUGAUAUUCGUAUUGAAGAACCAUUGGAAAAUGAUGAUGAUCAAAUGUUUGAUGAUGAUAAUGAUAAUGAUGAUUAUGGUGUUGUCAUAUUGGAAACAGAUAAUCAUCAGAUUGAACCACGAUUAUAUUAUCAAUCAUCAUCAUCACAAGAUCAACCAAUGGAAUAGAAAACCAAAAAAAAAGUAGAAUUUUUUUUUCGCUUU